CUAUCCUUUCCGGCGUCUCCCACUCUCUUCUCCGGCUCGAGAAGCCGAGAAGGGCAGCCAAAGCUCAGCCUUCACCGCCUACGAUACUCGCCCCCGCGCGCAAUGGUGCUUUCCGCCUUCCGAUCCGCCGCCUUCCCUGCCCUUCUUAUCCUCCUUGCCGUCUCAACGGCCACCGCCUCUGAGUCCGAUCAUAAGUAUCAAGUAGAAGAACCUGUUACACUCUGGGUGAAUAAGGUUGGCCCUUACAAUAAUCCUCAGGAAACAUACAACUAUUAUAGCCUUCCAUUUUGUCAGUCAUCUGAGAACCCUACCCACAAAUGGGGUGGGCUUGGAGAGGUUUUAGGUGGCAAUGAGCUGAUUGAUAGCCACAUUGACAUAAAGUUUCAGAAGAAUGUUAGCAAAAGUACUAUUUGUAUUAUUGAGCUUGACGUUCCUAAGUUGAAGCAGUUCAAGGAAGCAGUGAUGAGCUCUUACUGGUUUGAACUCUUCAUUGAUGGCUUACCUAUGUGGGGUUUUGUUGGAGAGACAGACAAAAAGAAUGAAAAUAAGCAUUACCUGUUCACGCACAAGGACAUUGAGAUACAAUAUAAUGGUAAUCAGAUCAUCCAUGUUAAUCUAACUCAAGAAUCGCCCAAACUCUUGGAAAGUGGGAAAUCUUUUGAAAUGACUUACUCGGUUAAAUGGAUGCCAACAAAUGUAACUUUUGUUCGCCGUUUUGAGGUUUACUUGGAUCAUCCUUUCUUCGAACACCAGAUUCACUGGUUCUCUAUUUUCAAUUCAUUUAUGAUGGUUAUUUUCCUCACUGGUCUUGUGUCCAUGAUAUUGAUGCGAACUCUUAGGAAUGAUUAUGCAAAAUAUGCUCGAGAAGAUGAUGAUUUGGAUAACAUGGAAAGAGAUGUGAGUGAAGAAUCUGGAUGGAAACUUGUUCAUGGCGAUGUUUUUCGCCCUCCACAAAAUUUAGUUCUUCUUUCAGCUCUUGUUGGUUCUGGUGCUCAGCUGGCAAUUCUUGUUCUUCUUGUCAUUCUACUGGCAAUCAUUGGGAUGCUAUAUAUUGGGAGAGGAGCUAUUGUUACAACUUUCAUAGUUUGCUAUGCUUUUACUUCAUUCAUUUCAGGCUAUGUUAGUGGUGGGCUAUAUUCCAGGAAUGGAGGAAAAAAUUGGAUUAAGUCAAUGAUUAUCACAGCAUCAAUUUUCCCUUUUAUGUGCUUUGGAAUCGGCUUCGUACUCAAUACCAUUGCUAUAUUCUACCGGUCGUUGGCAGCUAUUCCCUUUGGGACAAUUGUUGCAGUCUUUGUGAUGUGGGCAUUCAUCUCAUUUCCUCUGGCACUUUUAGGAACUGUUGUGGGAAGGAAUUGGAGUGGUUCCCCAAAUAAUCCAUGCCGUGUGAAAACCAUUCCUCGCCCCAUCCCUGAGAAGAAAUGGUAUCUCACUCCAUCUGUUAUUUCGCUGAUGGGAGGGCUACUUCCUUUUGGCAGCAUCUUCAUUGAGAUGUAUUUCAUUUUCACAUCCUUCUGGAACUACAAGGUGUACUAUGUCUAUGGCUUCAUGUUACUGGUUUUCCUUAUCCUCAUCAUCGUCACCGUCUGUGUCACAAUAGUGGGCACGUAUUUCUUAUUGAACGCUGAGAACUACCAUUGGCAGUGGACUUCUUUCUUCGCGGCUGCUUCCACAGCUGCCUAUGUGUUCCUUUACUCAAUAUAUUACUACCAUAUCAAAACAAAGAUGUCCGGCUUUUUCCAGACUAGCUUCUAUUUCGGAUACACUCUGAUGUUCUGUUUCGGACUAGGCAUACUCUGCGGUGCUGUGGGAUAUCUAGGCUCGGCCUUGUUUGUAAGAAGGAUUUACAGAAAUAUCAAGUGCGAUUAAGACCAGCUAAAAAAAGCUCCCUGACAACAAGAAUUUUGACGUUGAGUUCUAAAAAUGCUGAUUCAAAUGUGGCUGCAGGAAUUUCUCAUGUUGUUGGUGAAAACUCUUUCUUCUUAUACUUACCUACAAGAUAGUGUUUUAUCUCUUUUCUGAAAACCAUUUACAAAGCUAUAGAUUAUUUUAGUACAUUUGUCCCUAACAUUGCAACGAUCUAAUAUUUCAAUUUCAAUUUCAAUUUCAAUUUCAAUAGAA